AUGGGAAGGAAACCCUGUUGUGACAAGAUGGGUUUGAAGAAGGGUCCUUGGACUGCUGAAGAGGAUGAGAUUCUUGUCAAUUAUAUCAACAAGAAUGGUGGCCAUGGAAGUUGGCGUUCUCUUCCCAAGUUAGCAGGUCUUCUUCGUUGUGGUAAGAGUUGUAGGCUAAGAUGGACCAACUACCUCAGACCAGAUAUUAAACGUGGUUCCUUUACUCUUGAGGAAGAAAAACUAAUCAUGCAGCUUCAUGGUAUCCUUGGAAAUAGGUGGGCUGCUAUAGCCUCUCAGCUACCAGGAAGAACAGACAAUGAGAUCAAGAACUUAUGGAACACCCACUUGAAGAAACGUCUCAUUUGCAUGGGCCUUGACCCUCAAACCCACCAGCCACUGUCCUCUUCACGCAACCCUAAUGACAAGGCCCAUGCAGCAUCCAGCUCAACCCGCCACAUGGCCCAGUGGGAGAGUGCUAGGCUUGAAGCAGAGGCCAGGCUCUCAAGGGAUCCCCAUUUGUUCAACAACACCAACAAAACUGACUCUGACUACUUCCUCCGAAUGUGGAACUCUGAAGUUGGACAAUCCUUUCGUGAUGUGCACAAAUCAGACAACAAAGGUAGCUGCCAAAGUCCCAUUUCUCUAGGGUCAUUGUCUGCUACUACCACCACAUAUUUCGCUUCCAACCCUGCAAACGUUGUUGCGAAAGAGGAUUUGGUGUGGGGUGGUAGCAAGAAAAUUGCCUCAGAUUCAUCCAGCUCUAGUGAACUAGAAGAAGACUCGUGUGACACUUCAUUGCAGCUCUUGUUAGAUUUCCCUAUAAACAAUGACAUGAGCUUCUUAGAAUGA